AUGCGUCUGACCUCCCUCAUUGCAUUUCGACGGCUUUCGCGGGGCCUAGCAAGCCCUGCACGGCGCAGUUUUGUUACUUCGGUCCAACGGAGCCAAGCUGACGAGGAUGCGCUUUCCCGUCUGAUGCACCAAGCGGUCCUGUUCAAUGCGAUUGACAAGGGCCGCUUGAUUGAUAAAGACGGCCACCCCGUCUCUGUCACCCGAGUCGAACGCGCCGCCUCGAAAGGUCGGCCAGCCUCUGCGACCAAGAUGGAAAUCGUGAAGCCCGCCGAAGCUUACCUACACUGGGACAGAUUAACACUGUUCUCUCCCAACCAUGGCCGAGCCAGCCUGCCAUUCUACUACCUACGCGACCUCUGCAAGUGCCCUAAAUGCGUGGAUCCGCACUCGAAGCAACGCUCUUUCCGCACGAGCGAUAUUCCCAAGGACACUCAUCCUUCCGUUGUGCGAUGGGAUGGAGAACACUUAGAGGUUAAGUGGGCGAAUGAUAUUCCCGGUUACGCAAAUAAUCAUAAAUCUCGUUGGCACAUUCAGUACCUCCAGAACCCUAUCCUGGACCCUCACGAACAAAAGUCCCAGAACAUGAAGCCUCUCCGGUGGACGAGCUCGCUGAUGGAGCGGUUACAACACUGGGUAUCAUAUGAUGAUUAUAUGAAGGAUGAUGUCAAGUUCGCCGCGGCCAUGCGCAACCUCUCCCGUCUGGGCCUGAUCUUCGUCAAGAACGUUCCUGACUCGCGCGAAAUGGUGUCGCACAUCGCAACCCGGAUGGGCCCUCUACGCAAUACCUUCUAUGGAGAGACCUGGGAUGUCCGAACCGUGCCGCAGGCCAAGAACGUUGCCUACACAAAUCAGUUUCUUGGUUUCCACAUGGACUUAAUGUACAUGAACGAGCCCCCAGGUUACCAGCUGCUGCACUGCUUGGAAAACUCAUGCGAGGGAGGCGAGUCCCUCUUCGCUGAUACUUUCCGUGCCGCCAAAAUCAUGCAGAACGAGUUCCCUACCGAGUACAAGGCGCUCGCUCGUCGCCACCUGGGCUACGAAUAUGCACAUGAUGAACACAAAUAUCACAACACCCGGCCUGUCUUCGAGCUCGAUCCUAAGACAAAGGACCUCCGCUAUGUUAACUACUCGCCACCCUUCCAGUCAGCCAUACCUUCAUACGAGGGGAAAAAUGGCACUGGUGUUGAAGGCUUCAGGGACCUCAAGCGUGCCCUGAAACACUUCAUCCGGCUCAUGGAGGGCCAACAUUCAAUUUUCCAACUGAAGCUGAACCCUGGCGAGUGCGUAAUCUUUAAUAACCGUCGCAUUGUUCAUGCCCGCAAAAAGUUCAAUACCACAAGUGGCUCGCGGUGGUUAGCCGGUGCAUAUGUGGAUGAAGAUGCGCUUUUGUCUCGCUAUGCUGUUUGUCGAAAGAAACAGCCUAUUGCAUGGGAGGCCGCUGAUCCAUUUGCGGGUCUUGAGAAGCUCCGCAGGAAUAUUGCAGAGACUUCAGCGACGGAGGCAAGGAUUGCCCUCGCAGAAGCUCGCUUGCAAGCGGGUCGGGAGACUGUUGAGGAGGCUGGGCCCCUUGCAGAAGCUGGUCCGUCUUUGCAGGGUCAACAUAUGGAGCCUGAACACAUUGAGCAUGUGAAGGUGUCUGAGCAAUCUCCGGCAUGA